AGAGAGAGAGGGAUGUGGGGGUGGGGGCUACUCAGGCUCCAUCGAAUCAGGGCGCUGGAGAGUCUUGUUGCCGCCGUGAGUGCAGGUAGCGCCGGAGCGUGUUGUUGGGAGUGAAGCUGUGAUCAGCAGCUGAGUGUUCCUCUGUGACCGUGACGCACAGCGAAAACAAAGUGCGGGCAGCAACUGGAGACACGUUGGAUAAAAAUAAAUAAAAAAUAAAAAAAAUAAAAAAAUAAAUAAAUAAAGGAAGAAGAAAAGAAAAAAACCCAGAAAGAGCCGGAGCCAGCGGAAGAAUCAGCAAGUUGAGAUGCAGCUGCGGGAGCGUGCGGCUGCGUGAGGAGGAGGAUUCGGACUCUCCGCUGAGCUGCGACAAGUUUGUGACUGAACGCGUCGUCUUUGUUGGAUGUAUUUGCGUCAAAUGCAGUCGUUUUUAAAAGGUUAAAGUGGACGGACACGGUUUUUGCGGUGGUUUUUUUUCCCCCUCCGUUGCUUAUCAGAGGAGAGCGGACGCAGCGUGCGCAAAGAAAAAAAAUCAGGGCAAACAAAUGUGACCGCCAAUCGUUGUCUCCCGUGUUUUGACGAGUAACGGUGCCGCCGACAGAACAACAACCCACGGAUGAAUUCUGGAAGCUCAUCCAGGUAGCGCACCUCUCCCUCCCUCCCUCCGUCUCUCUCUCUCCCCCCUCGGCUGUGCGUAAUGGGAGAAAAGUUUCGGACCUUGCAGAAGAGACGCAUCUCUUUGUAAAUAGCAUGCGAGUGCCGCUCUUUCGUCUGCAGCUGACCCCGAGUUUGUAAAGUGGAUUCCGGCCGUCCAGCAUGACUUGAAACACCGCGCAUCGCGCCAAGACCCGAUUUGUCCAAAAUACGCACAGGCAUCGAUGAUCUAGAGAGGGUUUCUGCAGCAGCAGCAGCAGCAGCAGCAUCAGUAUCAGCAUCAGCAGCGGAGGUGCAGUGAAAACCUGGUCCCAUUUCCACACACACACACACACACAGAGAGAGGAAGCGAGAUUUCCACUGGAUGUCUAUGAUGUUGUGCCAGCUCGGACAGAAGUGUGUGAUGGAGGUGAUGGUGCUCACGGUCCUGUCCUGGGUGUCCGUGUGGGCCGAGGAGAAGAUCAUCUUUGACAGACACGCUGUCUACUGGAACAGCUCCAACCCCAAGUUCUGGCACGGAGAGUACAGGGUGGCAGUGAACAUCAAUGACUAUCUGGACAUCUACUGUCCUUACUACGAGGGUCCUCCGUCCCACGGGCGCAUGGAGCGCUACAUCCUCUUCAUGGUCAACUACGAGGGCUACACGACCUGCCAGCACAGGAUGCGCGGCUUCAAGCGCUGGGAGUGCAACCGCCCCACUGGUCCCGACGGACCGCUGCGCUUCUCGGAGAAGUUCCAGCUCUUCACUCCCUUCUCCCUGGGCUUCGAGUUCCGGCCUGGGCACGAGUACUACUACAUCUCAUCUCCUCACCCAAACCAUGUGGGGCGGGCAUGUCUAAAGCUGAAGGUGUAUGUCAGACCUCCAGAUGGAUCGGGAUAUGAUUCUCCCGAGCCGUUCCUGACCGACGGAGGUCCAAGACGGAGGCCAGGGCCCAUGACCCCGUUAGCUGCAGCCGCGGCUUCACUUCUCCUUGGAUUCUUCUCCUGGCUGUGACUCUUCUCACACUCUUUAUGGAGCUCCCUUCUUGGGUUGCUGAGCUGGCCUGGCUGUCCCUCUAACUCCACCACCCCUCAGGGAAGCCCACUGUCUCCGUCCUUUCUCUUCCCACCUCCACCUUUAUACAACCACCCCCACUGCCAGCCCCCUCCAUGGUCUAGACAUGGACACCAUUUCCCAGGCCUGGCUACGAGGGCUUGGUCUUGAUCUGCCUGGGAAUCUGCCCUUCUUCUCUGAUCCCCCAAAGUCUGCGAGGGACAGCGUCCUCCCAGCUGAAAGACACAAGGGAAAUGUCUCUGCACUCAUAUCAGGCGGUCCUUCUGAUUUGACUCUUGACUUUUAGCUACCCAUGGGGUAGAUAUUGCUAUAACUAAACUUGUCAAGCGUGCGUUUUUUCCAUCAUCCAAUCAUGGCGGGAUGCAUCAAGUGAUCGGCGUGGAUGCACAAAAAUUGGAUUUUGCACACACAUUACUGUCCCAUCCUCAAAACCAAGUACUGGAAGUGGCCGAGCUUGCGUUGUAACUGGAAUUCUAUACUCUCUGGAUGAAUUCCAGCCACAAUGAGAAAAAGAACAAAUGAAUAGAGAUGGAGAGGAGGCGAGUGGCCCGCCCUGUGCACACAAAGAAAAUAGAAAAACAGCGCAGACACAGGCUUAAAUAUGAGAAAUGUAAUAUUAUACGUGUUGAUAUUUUCACAGCAAAACGUGAUGUAAAACUCAUAGAGUUUGAUUUUUGUAUGAGGAGCUCAGAUAUCUUAUUAAAAUGACAAGUAUAACCACAGCCGGUCUCAGUAGGAGGGUUGUGUGCUUGGUGUUCUGGGAGGGUUUGGCGGGAUGUACAUUUUCAGGCGGGAUGUGUUUUUGUCUUCGUGUUUCUAAACAAAGCAUUUAUCACAGCCUGGUCAGCACAGGCUUUUCAGCACUGUCAAACGUCGAGUGGGGUUGGGUGACUUUUGGAACCAUGUCUUUCUCAUGUAUGAAUGUACCACUGGUCACCCGGCGCUUUGUCUCUGUGUGUUAUUUUUUGACUGUGGUCACUUAAAGUACCUUUCUCUCAGACUGGCAGGAUAAAUGGGGUUGGGCAAUUUUGGCAGGGGGGGUAAAGGGAGGGUGAGGAAAAGGAUGAAUGGACUACAGAUGAGAAAAGGAGGCGACACUCAAGUUGCAUGACCACUGUGAAACCUUCCCGAUCAAUCUUGUUUGUAAUGAUGAUAUAUUUUUUCAUGGGGAAAAUCCGAAACACCUUGCUACCACUCUCUUGCUCUCCCGGAGACUUUUUUUCAGACAUCAAAACGGAACAUUCCACCUCUCUCACCCCCCCGCCCCCAAACGUUUUCCCCCUGUCUGGCUCUUGGUCAGUGAUGGAUUAGCUCGAGCCAGGAGAUAAACGGACCCACGAGGGGGGGGGGAAACGGACCGGGAAAGCGGCCCUUUGAGCCCGGGCCAGAUCACAAUGGACAUAAACAGUGACUGAGGACGGUCCAAGGGGUUCUGGGGGUUAAACCAAUAAGGGGAGCACAUGGACUAUGGCAAAAUGAGAUGAGGUGUGUGUGUGGUAGCAUCACAAAAACACACAUGUGGACACACGGCAUACAUACAGUACAUAAACACACAUUAAAUGUACAUGUACAAGGUCUCCCUCGAUACUACAGUAUAACGGGAACGACAUAAAGAAAGAGGGAGGCGAAGGGAAAGUGUGUGUGUGUGUGUGUAUCAUGGGACUGAGACUUCUUUAACGUCGGGAGGUGAAACAUAACGAGCAAAGCACUGUGAACACACUACAUAACGACCCAUGUACAGACACACACACACGUGCGCAGACUUACAGCAUGUACAAAUACAAAAUGCAGAUCUAGACAUUUACAGAGAUGUGGCAUGCACGUUAUACACUCAUGUACAAAGACACACACACACACACACACACACAUCAAACUCGAACAGGGGUAAGCACUUCCUUCCCUGUUUUAUCUUAUUUUUGUAGCAUUUAAAAUCACUGUUAAUUACUCCUGUGUGGGAAGCAGUGAUGGGUUAUAGCCUGUGGACGAUUAAAAAAACAACAAAACAA